AUGUUACAAGAAAGAGAUUUAGCAAGAGAACCAUGUCCUGAUAGAAUUAUAGAAGAUAUGGGUGGUGCAUUUGGCAUGGGAUGUAUAGGAGGAUAUAUAUGGCAUUUUUUAAAGGGUGCAAGAAAUAGCCCUAAGGGGGAUGUAUUAAGUGGUGCCUUAUAUAGUGGUCGUAUGAGAGCACCUAUUUUGGGUGGUAAUUUUGCCGUAUGGGGAGGCACAUUUAGUUGUUUCGAUUGCACAUUUCAAUAUUUAAGAAAAAAAGAAGACCACUGGAAUGCAAUAGGUAGUGGUUUUUUCACGGGUGGGGUUUUAGCAAUGAGAGGGGGGUGGAGGUCUGCUUCGAGAAAUGCUAUCGUUGGUGGUGUUUUACUGGCCAUAAUAGAAAUUGUUUCUCUUGUAUUAACACGUAAGACAACACCUACUCCUAGGCAACAAUUUCAACAGCAAAUGGAAUUGGAAAAAAAAAUGGCAUCAAAAAAUACCCGAUAG